AUGCCCGACCAGAUCCUUUACCUCUACGGUGGAGACCGACCGUGGACCUCAGACGCCUGGGUAACCUCGGACGACCGCGUGCGAGGCGGCGCCAGCCAAUCGUAUCUCACGGUAGAGACUCCCCAGCAUGCCCGCUUCCACGGUCACUUGGACACGACGGCUCUUGGCGGAGCAGGGUUCGCCUCGCAGCACUCGCUGGGGACAUUGGCGUUGAACCUCGAGGGGUACGAGGGCAUCAUUGUUUCCAUCAGAGGACCCGACAAGGCGGACGGCAAGAAGUAUGCCUUGACGCUGAAGAAUGAGAUUCUGCCUCGGAGGGACGACGGCCGCGAACAGAGCACCGUGAGCUGGGAGGCCGAGUUUGUGGCCAAGAAACCUGGCGACGUCAAGCUGAGAUGGGCUGAUUUCAAAGCCACGUACCGGGGCAGGGAGAAGAGGGACGCGGGCGAGUUGGACUUGAGGGAUAUCAAAAGGGUCGGGUUGAUGAUGCGGAGUUACUUUGGCGAGCAAGAGGGCGACUUUGAGCUGCACCUGUAUUCCAUCUCGGCAUUCAAGCACGUUCCGUACGAGGCGGACAGUCAUGACGGUGGUGGUGGUGAUGGUGGUGGUGAUGAUGAAAAGCACCAUCCCACGGCACGACGGCACGGGUCAUGGGAGACGACCGCCCGCACGGCUAAGUGGUGGAAGUCGUUGCUCUGCGGACUAGUCUAG